CAAGCGUGAUUCAUAAUCCCGUCAAUGUCGACCCUACAUACACUAGCACCACAAUAUUACUGAUAGACGUGAAACACGGAUCCCACGUAGUGUGCCGAGGAGAGCCGAGUGUCAACGCGACUAGUCUGUUCCAUCCUCUUACCAUCAGUAACAGCCGAGUUGGUAUUGCCCGAACACACACACACAGCCACUGAGGAGGUUUUUCAUACACAUUGCUACACUUGUACUUGUGUUUGUUAGUGAAUGUUACUCUGGAAACGGAUAUGUCAAUUGUGUGCACUGUUGCUAGGUUUGUGCGAUAAUCAUUAUUUUUGCUGGCUUUGUGUAGUCACACCUUUAAAACAAGUCGAAAGCAGUGUAUCUGUCAGUGUUUAGCACAAUUAACAGCGAAGCAAGGACAUAAUACACUGUACCAUCAUCGCUUCUCGUACAAAAACAAUCGUGUAUGGAGAAGGAAAGAAAAUCCCAUCAAUGUGGCUUUUCAUUAUGGUGAAACCUUUUAACAUCAUUUAUUCUGGACUUAUCAAAAGGAGGGACCUCGCCAUUCGUUUGUGUCGGUUCUAUGGUAAUGCCCGGGGGUGGGGGCGGUCAGCCCACUAUUAGCACGGGUUUUCCUCGUGGGCUGCACGAGACGGUCACUUGCAUUGUCGCAUGAAGCGCGACAAAUUCUUCCCACGAACAAUGUGUUGUGGAAAAAAAGAUACCCGGUUUUUGUUGUUAAAAUAGACCUUUCUUUAGUCACGGCGCUAUUUUGAAUAUUCUGCUUGUGUUGAGUCCGUGGUCGUGUGAACUCGAGCUUGACGGGUCUUUUGUAUGAACUUGUGAUAGAGAUCAGCUUUAAUACUAGGUACAAAGUGUACUGGCUGUCAAAGUCGCCAGGGCGCUCUAUGGAUGUACUUGAACUGAGGAAAAACUUAUCGUAGAAAAAUAUUGUGUAUGAUUAUAUUCAAAUAUAAAUUGUGGAUAUAGGAAAAUAGUAAUUGAUCAAAGAAGGAUAUAUUCUGCCAGUCAUUAUGGAUAUUAGUGAAUGGAUUAUUCUGACAAGCUCGCUGAUCACUAUUGCUACAGCUUCUUCCUGUGUCUUUCCGGUAGAAUGGCGGGGACGAUGGUACCAGGACACGUACGGGGAACUCGAAAUUACGGAACGGCAAAUAUCACGGAAAGGAACGUGUUCAAAGAAAAACGGAUCUAAAUACCUGAUUGCAGACAGGUCUAGCACUUGCUAUCGGUGUAUGGUGAUCAGUGCGUGGGCGGAUAAUAUCUUACAGUACAAAGAAAGUUUAUGCUUCGCGGGCAAUUCCAUCGAAUCUGUCUGUGAAAAAAUCAAUGGAGACGACACACUGCACACAAUAGUUCGGGUUCCAAGUGUUCCAGUUCCGUGCCCUUUCCAAGGUUACCACGAAUUCUCUUACUCAAACAGUACCACGGCGAACAAUCACUGCAAAUGGCCAAUCUCACAAAUACACGCAUGCGCAGAUGAUUCAAAAUUUAAAUUUAUCUACAAGCAUUGUAAUGGCAUGUCAGAGACGUAUGACAGAGUGCUGGAUUUCCAAUGUUUAGCCACGUGGGUAAAUGGUGAUAAAUAUUUGUAUGGAAAGUUUACGCAUCCAUACCAACCUGACACACCACAGUACCGCUGUUUUAUGCAUAGCUUUUAUGGCGGUACCGGAGAUAUGUCGAUGACAGUUGAUGGCACGUGCCAGGGACUACAGAGUCCUAGUGUUGGCUUUACCACGAUGAAGCUACAGAGAGACUUUGAUGGAACAAUAUGGCCUUCCCCUCAAUGUCGAUUCCCGGAAUUUUUCCAUCGCCGGAAAUACUGGAGGGAUAUGUCUGGUCGAUUUGUCAUAGAGGCUGACGAAGGGCUACAGAUAUUCCGAGUGAAGGACAAGACUGUGACGUCACCGGAUACGGUCGUUUAUAGCGAGGGCAGCUACCGGUCGGAUAUGAAGAUGGUUGUUAGAUGUAUCGAUAAUGUAGACAGUUCUCGUCGUCACGAGAGAGAGUUUAUGGCACACGUGACUGACGACUCCUGCGUUUCUGGAUAUCGAUGCUUGCGUUUGGUCAAGCGUGAACGAAAAGUACUGGAAUUAUAUAUCAGUACCCAGCUUGGAAGUAGGCACGAGGCGUGUAGCGAUUCUAGUUUUGACCACGGCGAGAAACAUGUGUUGAUACCUGCUGGGCUUGAGGCCUCUAGUUGCCCUACGAAUGGUGAUUUUAGUUUUAUGGAUAAAACUACAGAUUGUACAGGUAGAUUCAAGAUGGGAUGUUCAUCUGAAAGUGAAAUCGUAGUGGAGAAAAAGUGUCCUUUUAACCGUCAGUCUGUGGAAUACAUGGACUGCUUGUUGGAUUUCAAGAAAGAUGGCACUCAUUAUGUUAUUGUUCAAAGACCAAAAGAUAUCUACAAACGUGCAACGUGUUUGGCUUUCCGUGACACGGAGGGAGGUAUCGAUGUGAAGGAGGACUCUGAGUGUGGGGACCAGAGAAGUGUGGUUAGAAACAGCGCCAUUCACUAUGUACUCUUCAAGCCGUCCAAUGAAUGUCCGCGAGUUGUCACCUACACUCCAGCUCCGACCCCAUUAAGACCAGAUAAUGGUAGGGGAAAUACCGACCAAACUGACCAUGAAAAAGAGCCAAUGGGUGACCAAGGUCAGAAUAAGGAACACAGUGGGAAAAUUAUAUCUGGAGACUCCGAAAAGAGGCCGUAUGACCGCUCUAAUGGUGUGAUCAAUGCGGACAGUGGUGGGGUCAGUCCACGAACUAGUAUUUCUCUCAUUCUUUGUGUGAUCAUCGUGACAUUGGCGUGUGUAUUGCAAAGGUGAUAGAAAAAAAUCUCUUCUGUGAGAGUGAGAGAAAAUGGAAGUGUAUAAGAGGAUGGAAGAAAAAGAAACAAUGCGUAAGAGUGAGAGAAUAAAAAUAGUGACUGAUGUUUAUACGUUACCGAGAAGUGCUCAACAAUUUGGAAGACUAAGAUUAAUCUUCGAUGAUGAAUGGCGAUGAAGGGGCCCAUAUACGUACGGCUAACAGGGUAAUGCCACGCUUAGAGAUCCACAGACUAUUUGUGUGGCUUGAAAGACGAUCCUUUGUUGCUCCAUUAUCUUGCCAAUUACACAAUGAUCACGUGACACGAUGGAGAACUUCAUCACAGAACGUGCGUGUCAAGGUCAUAAUAUGCUUGUCAUUAUCACGUGAUCGUGUCAGCCUCGUGAAAUAACUUUCGAAUGUGACGGAACACAGGAUUACGAUUCACACGAAACGGCUCGACCACAGGAUUUCGUCAAAUGUCAAUUCGACAAGGCUAGGGCUAUGUCAUCGUCAGGAUCACUACAAAUUGAAAGUGGUUUCCAUGGAGAUUCCUCACGUAGAUCAAGUGGUGAAAUCAUCACUGAAUUCUCAACACGGGAAUACUGAUACUGUUUCGUUUCUUUGUGUUGGAUUUCUGAGGCCAGCCUUAUUGAACGGCGGACUUAUUUUGUCGGUAUCAGCAGUACAGAAACUGACUGUUAUAUUGUCACUGUCACCACACACUGGAACUGAGAUAUGGUGUUAUUCGACCGUAAGUAAAAGGUCUAAAGGUCAAUUUCCAAACGGCAUUCAUGAGAAUCAGAAAAAAGGCUAACACUGAAUACACAUUCGUGACCUCCAGAAAAAUACGCCGUUUAAUUAAGGGAUGAAUACAGAGACAUUCCGAGUUUCCGAGCAUGGAAACCAUUUUGAACGCCACCUUUUAAAGGGAGGUAAUCUUGCCUACGAUUUGUAGCUGCAAUAUUGUGAUAUAUUAUUAAUGAUAUAUAUGAUCAUUACGUUUAGUCCCUGUAAGAAUGACUUAGCUUGUUGAAUAUAUCGUAUUUUACGUGUGGUGCUAUGUGUUGGUGUGAUCUCAGAUCGAUGUUAUAUCGUUUAUUUCUCAGAAAUAACUUAGUUCGGACUUCAGCGACUGAAAACGUCUUUUUAAAUUAAUGUAAAAUUUAAAGCUAAUUGAUUUUUCGUUAAUUCUGUUUGAAAAAGUAGCUUUUAUUCCGAAACAUUUUGUUUGAUAGCGAAGUAAUAAAAACAUUAAAAAAUGUUUAAAAUUAGACAUCAUUAUCAGGAGAGCCAGCCCGAACUUUAUUGAUGAGAAAUUGGAUCCAAGAAUAGUAUUUGAGCUUGUGUUUUAUUAGUAUUAAGGCACUGUUACUAACCAUACUUUAAAGAAUAUUGUGGAUUUAUUUUAUUUAACACUCAUAUAUCUGAACAACAGUAUUUGUAACUGACACCAAAGAUAGUCUAAAAUGAAUUAUCUCGAGCAAAGAAAUUAGCAACUCUUAAAGAACUAUAUGUAGUAUCUGUUAACGGUAUUCUAAAGCCAGACUUGUUCAAUGUGUUGUUUAUGUUUAGCUUAAUUGUUUUAGGGAAUACGCAUUAAUUUACUCGACAUGUUGGUAAACAUCAAUUUAGUUUGUUCUUCUGGAUUUUCUCUUCCUACUGCAGAGUGAACGUGUUUUGUGAAUUAUUUCAGUUAACAUGAUACAAAAGUCAGGAUUUUCAUCUACCACAGCAAAUUAAAUGUCUUUUGGCUGUCAAAUCUCGCCUGUUAGUACACAUAUUGAACUCACCAUUAAUAUCAUAUAUAUUGAACUGGUUGUUUAUGUUUUGUGCCAAAGUUUACAAUGUAGACUACUCUAGUAACAAUUGGGUUUUAAUUUGUUUGGCGUUUCAUGUGUUUGUCUUAAUUGAAUGCGUUUGCAUUCGUCGUUGUUGAUAUCUGUUUUUUUCUCACCAGAAUUCCUGCUAAUUUGACGGUAGUAGCUACCUGUGUGUAUAAUACUCCACAAGCAUACUGAGAUUGGUUUUGUUUUGUGAUAAAUCGAUUUCAUUCUGUUUUUGAAACAUGAAUAUCUUUUUCAUUUCAAAAUUAUAUCGAGGCUUAUACGUUUUUGUUAAUUUCAAUAAAAUGUUGAAUAUUAUUUUCAGUUAUCCCAAUUAACCUCAAAAUGUGGACACAGAUUUGUUGUUGAAAGGGCAAAUGACAAUUACAUUUAUCAUGUGAUUCUACAAUGUCAUUCAUUUUCACAAAAAAUCCUUUAUUAGUAUUUACCAACAUCUUACACCUGAGCUGUCACCAACGAUUUGACAGGUCUACAUAAUUUUAUGUCAGCGUAUGUUUUUGUUAUUUACAUUAAAUUGGAAAACGAUCGUGUAGAGGGACAUGUUUGAUUUUAGAAUGUUCAUCGUGACUAUUAUUGCUGUUAUUUCUUACGGUCCACAUCAGAAGUCACGAUGCGUGGCUUUCAGAAUAAAUGAAUUGUCCCGGAUGUAGGAUGACACCUAUAAGGACCUGUGUAUAUCUGUGUGAGUUAAUGAAUGGCUCUCUCAGACUUGUAUCUGCUUGUCCCAGACUUUGACGACAGUGUGAUAUAUAAACUUUAAUGAGUCCUUCGCUUGUACGUAAUAAACUGUAAAUAAACAUUCAAUAAAUCUAUAUUAUAUAUACUUAACAGUGAAACUGAUAAACGAAUUUCUUGUGUAAUUGACAGGUGGAGUGAUGUGUACUGUAUAUAGAACUGACGCAAUGAUAACACCGGUGGAGUGCUUACUCGGUUGCCUAUUCCAGGUUUUUUCUCAUUGCCCAUUUUACUUUAGAUAUUUUUUCUCAAAAUUUUCAUGAAGUAAAACAGAAAUAACUUCCUGUGAAUACACUGUACAAUCAUUGUUUCAGUUAAAAGUAUUAUUUUCUGUGUUAUUUAUUAAAAAACAACAAAUUGUAACAUGUUAUAAACUAGCUUUAAACUACGCCGGUGAUACGCAAGUGUUUAAUUUUUAUUAUUUUAUCCAUUACUGAAUGCUCGAAAUCUAAGAUUGGUUUUGAUUUGACAUGAUAAUUCUGCUAAAUUGUGUUAAAAGUGUUUUAAAUGAUUUCAUCAAUGGAUUCACUAAUUAGAUGACAUACGGUCUUAAUAACUUUGAUGUUGUCGCUGUUUAUCGCUUCAGAUCACCAUCAAUUCCAAAACGCAUCAAAUUUUCGCCAUAAUUGAUUAACAGCGUAUGCUUUUAGUAUCAUGAUUCUUGAUUGUGUUUUGUCAAAUUUUAUUAAUUUUAUCGCAAUUUACUGAAAUGGAAACAUAUUUCAAAGAGACCUGUGUUAACUUCAGUUCGGAACUACUUUUCAUUUUAAAGUUACAAUGACACUUAUCACGACUAUUUAUUUGGGUGUUAAUGUGUUUAUUAUUUUUAUUUUUUUAUUAUUCAGUUUUAAAAUUUACUUUGAUAUUGUUUGAUUUGCAGUUACAUCUUCAAGUAAUUUAUCAUUAUAUAUUUCUUGUUUAAACACUUUUAUCUUGUCUCGACAUUUCGGCAAACGCAAUAAUUCUUGCCUCGACAAUUCGAGAUAAUUAUAUAUCUUGUAUCGACAGUACUUAUCUCGACAGUUUGAGAUAAGUAUUACUUCUUGUCUCGACAGUUAGAGAUAAGUAAUACUUCUUAUCUCGACAGUUAGAGCUAAGCAAUACUUCUUAUCUCGACAGUUCUAGAUAAAUAAUACUUCUUCUCUAGAUAGCUUGAGAUAAGUAAUACUGCAAAAGAUAGGGUUUUCGAUAAGAUCUUUAUUCGACUUUUUCGAGGGUGAAAUAAAAUCGCUAAAAUAUUGAUGAAUUGAAUAUUGAUUUGAAAAAGAAGCAAUAAGCGUUUAAAAAUAAAAUAUUAGUAGAAAUACACCCGUCCAAAAUAUGCUGUUUUUAGCUUCAAGCUUUUUAUACAAACGCGAAAAUUUGAAAAAUCGAGAAAAACCUAUUUUGCAGUAAUAAUUUGUUGAGUACUUUUUGUGAAUGUUGCCUGGGAUGUCCAUAAUCUUACAUGAUAGGAUAUACGCCACUUAGCUGCGUCUCUUAACGAUUUAUCUAACGGCGUUUACGAGAUGCUCGAACGUCCAGAAAUAAACAUUUGUUUAUU